CUGGCCCCCUGGCCCCCUGGCCCUGCCACAAAAGCGGCUUGCCAUGGCACCAUGAAGCGACGAAUGGAACAUGGAACUUCCAGUGAAGUGGAGAAAUGCCCUGAGUCCAUGAAGGCUCUGCCUGAGUUCGCAGGACUGCGCGCGUUCCUGCGAAACCAUCGGAAAAUGAUAUGCCUGAGUUUUCUUUGCUUGUGCUCCAUCCUGUUGUGGUGGCCUGUCGAGUUGAAUCGCAACUAUCAUGUGCAGGAUCGCGUGGCGUCGCUGAAUGCGGAGCUGCAGGGACGAUCGCCGCAGGAGAUCCUACAAUGGGCAAAGAGAUUGCCCGGAGGGGUGGUCCAGUUCAG